AUGCAAAAGAAUCGCGGGCAUCUAUUCAGUUUCCUCAGACAAGAUGCCCAAAUGCAAAGUUUGCACGACAAAGUCUCAAAAGAGCUCCUGGAGUCGCUAGAAAAGUUUUUAGACGAUAAAAUAGAGCUAGACGAUCUUCUGAUUGCACAGGAAAGAGAAGAUCUGGCUUGCCGAUAUGAAAGCUGGGAUAUGAUGAAAAAAGAACUGAAGGAGAGUAUCUUCCAGCUGGCAGAGAGGCUCUUUAGAGCGGUCAAUGAGUGUGAAAGGGAAAUAAAGACCCUUGAAAAGCUCAAUGAGUCGAAAAGUAUCGAGUGUGAUUUAGAGGAAGUAUCAUCGCAUGCCCAGCUGCUAAGCAGGAACAGGGCGCCGCCCGUCGGGUUUGAACAUUCAAACUGGUACCUAGGACCAUACCCCGCAGCUCAUAUGAUCGAGAUGCUCAGAGAAGGGGCCGAAGAAAAGAAACAAGACUCCUGA